AUGAAGGUAAUCAUUGUUAUCUGUCUUUUUUUUGUUGGUACUUAUUGUGUAUCGAUACUUGAUAAACAUCUUGAUAAUCAAUGGAAUAUAUUUAAACGCACGUAUACAAAACAGUAUAUUUCAAUAGAAGAAGAAAUAAUUCGUCGAACUAUUUGGGAAGUUAAUUUAGCUAAAAUUCAUCAACAUAAUCAUGAAACUGAUUCGGGUAUACACAGUUAUACAUUAGGAAUGAAUCAAUUUGGUGAUAUGACUCAUGAAGAAUUUAAAAAGCAAAUGAAUAAAUUCAAGAUAUCUGUCGAAAUGAAAAGGUCCAGUUUUGAUCAUCAUUCGUUUGUUGUUCCAUCAAAUACUACUGUUCCACGAGCUGUUGGUAAUGUUUGUAUUUUCUUAGAUCGAUAUUCAACAAAUAAUUUCUUUUCAGAUUGGCGGAACGAAGGUGCUGUUACAUCAGUUAAAGAUCAAGGUAAAUGUGGUUCAAGUUGGGCUUUUUCAGCUACUGGUUCACUCGAAGGUCAACAUUUUCAUCGAACUAGACAGCUUAUCUCACUCUCUGAACAAAACUUAGUUGACUGUUCAGAUAGUUUUGGUAACGCUGGUUGUAAUGGUGGAUUUAUAAAUUCAGCUUUUCAAUAUAUCAAAAUCAAUGCUGGUAUCGAUACUGAAGAAAGUUAUCCAUAUGAAGCCCGUAAUAAUACAUGUCGAUUUAAUCGUACAAAUAUUGGUGCUAAUUCUACUGGUUUCCGUAAUAUCAAACCGAAUGAUGAAGCCGCUCUCUCAUAUGCUGUUGCUAUCAUUGGUCCUAUAUCAGUCUUUAUUGAUGCUUCACAUUCGUCAUUUCAAUUCUAUCGAUCAGGUGUUUAUGAUGAACCACAAUGUUCAUCAACUGUAGUCGAUCAUUGUGCCUUAAUUGUUGGUUUUAAUGCAACAGAUAGUCAACUUUAUUAUAUUGUUAAAAAUUCCUGGGGUACUUCAUGGGGUCAAAAUGGUUAUAUUUGGAUGAGUCGUAAUAAGAAUAAUCAAUGCGGUAUUGCAGCCAUGGCUAGUUACCCACUUGUUUAA